AUGUCCUCUGACGCUGAACUUUCGUCAUGUACCACCAGUCCUGGCAUCGACAUCCGCGCGAGCCCGUCGAUACAGCGUGCAAUAGCAACCCUAAUUGACCUCAUGGAAAGAGAAAAGGCGCAGACUCUCACUGAAGCUCAGAAGAAAUACGAUGCACUGUUUCUAGAGUACUCGGAGCACCGUAAGGCGACCGAGCAUGCAACUGAACGGUUCUUGAGACUUUCGGGGCCGACUGAGGCAGCGACGCCGAUAUAUGAAGCUGGGCACUCUCAGCUCACCCUCGAACAUGCGGCAAGACAAGCCGAGGGCUUGCUACAACGACUUCAAGAAGAGCAGAAACUCAGAAUAGCUGCACAAGAUAUCCUAGGGCGCUUACGAGGCAUCCUUUCACAGUACGCCUCUCCCGGGAACGUCAGACGUGAUACUGCCACGUCCGCGGGAAUUGAGGUUGAUGACGGCGAGGACGUUGUGACAACACUGCAGGAUGUUCUCUGCAGAGCCGCACGCACAACUCAUGAACAACAAGACGAGAUUGAAAGACUGAGUCGAGCCCACGACAAGCUCCGUGAUCGAUUCCGGCAGAAUGAGGCCGCAUACAAACAGCUGAAGGAACGGUAUGAUGAGAAAGAGAAGAAAAUCAUGGAGCUGGAGAAGGCGUUGAAUACUCCGAAGGUGAAAGUAGCACCUCGGUCCACCUCCGCGUCCGCGUCCGCCUCUGCCUCCGCCUCCACCUCCGCUGUUACAGUGCGGGGGAUGCCGACGAUUAAGAAGCCCAAUAUCGCGACUCUCAAAAAGACUGUCAAGAAGCCUAAGUUUUCGCAGAGUGAUAGGUGUCCGACAAACACCCCCAAGAGAGUCAUCCUGAAGUUACCCGACAACCCCCGCGAAAUCAAGACGGUCGCGAGCAAGCCGAAGCGGACCAUUAUCCGCGCUGUCCGAGAUGAGGACGAGGAUGAUCAUGCACAUUCUGAUCGCAAUACAGAGAACAAUUGUGGACCCACCACGCAACGGUCCUUACUUGGAAUGGACAUGCAACGGUGCACAUCCUCGGAUGUUGCAUUCUCUGAUUUAUGGUUAAGUUCCUUUGCCACUGGCAGCGGCACUGCUCCUACGGUUUCCCCGAACCCCAUCCUCCAGCCAGAUAGCUCCACCAGCAGUGUCAUGGAAUCAGACUCCACCUUCGACCAGGAUAUGACCGCUGUCGAAGCCAUCAAGGAUGUCAUAUUAGCCUCUGGGAUGCUGGAGCAGGACCCAUCACACAGCAUGCUUUCAGAACCGGCAGUGGAUGGUCGAACCGGUGCACCCAUCCUUGACGACCUCAGCUCAAAUAGGUAUUGCAUUUGUGGUAGAAAUGCAUUUGGGCAGGUCUCAUACCUGGCUCUUAAGAUGAUUGCCUGUGAGGGUCCCUUCUGUCAACGUCGCUGGCAAAUCACUGACUCUGCCACAGUUCCAUUUGCCAUGCAUCGAGUUGACCACUCCGCUUCCUGA